CAAUAACGGUGGGCCCAUGGACGCCGAAGCUAGGGUUUUUCUCUCCCGAAGCCAUAAUAUAUAUCGCCCUCGCUCCUCGUGUUCUUCUUCCCCCUUCAAACGCCGCCGCCGCCGCCGCUCUCUUCGGUCUCGCUUCCCUUCUCCGGGAGAUUCAGUCGCUGUUGUGGUGUUUGCUUCAUCCACCGCCACCAUGCAGAACGAGGAGGGUCAGAUGGUGGACCUCUACGUCCCCAGGAAGUGCUCGGCCACGAACAGGAUCAUCACCGCCAAGGACCACGCCUCGGUCCAGAUCAACAUUGGGCAUGUGGAUGAGAAUGGGCUGUACGAUGGCCGCUUCACCACCUUUGCUCUCUCUGGGUUCAUCCGUGCUCAGGGAGAUGCUGACAGUGCUCUGGAUAGGCUGUGGCAGAAGAGGAAGGCUGAGGUCAAGCAGCAGUAGAUCUUGCUACUAGUUUUACCUGGAAGAACUCGUUUCAAUUUCAUGUCUCUCUAGCUACUUCAUGCAAUGCCUGUGUUAUCAGUUCGUACUCCGAAAAAAUUCGUGUGACUUGAUCGGUUUAUCCUGAUAAUGUUUUAUCCAUGUUGAAGCUUUAUUACAUCUGUUUCUUGA